GUGUCGGUCGGUGUCGGUGACCGGAGCUGCUGUGGCUGUUCCCGGGGCCGAAUGUUGUCGUCUCUCCACACAACGAUGGCGGCGGCAGCGAGGAGGCCCCGACACCAAACCUUCAGCGCGGCGGUCAGCUGCCACCGUCUUCGGCAGGUUCAAGCCAUUGUGAAUCGUAGCAACAAACCAAAAUCUGAUGGAAUUCUCUGCAUUCUAGGAAUUGAUAGUCGUUAUAAUGAGGGCUGUAGGGAACUGGCAAAUUACCUGUUCUUUGAUUUGUAUAAUAUGACCAACAUCGACUGUGACACUGCGGAUUUGCCAGACGAAGUGUUGGAUGAUGUAAUUCUCUUGAUAAAAUCGCAGAGUGUUCAUCUGUACUGCAAUCCUGUAAAUUAUAAGUACCUGCUGGCUUAUGUAGCACACUGGAGGAAUCUACACAUGCACUGCUUGACCGAAAAGGAAUAUCAAGAUGAAGAGGCUGCAGAGGAGUUCAAAAUUGCCAGCUUUGUGAACAUGGUACGAGACUGCAGUAGAAUCCGCGUUCCAUACAGCUCCCAAGGGCACGUUCAGAAGUUUGAUAUGUUUAUCGUUGAGAAGUGGCCCAUUAUUCAAGCAUUUGCUCUGGAAGGAAUCGGAGGAGGGGGAUUUUUCACAAUGACACACGAGCUAUUCGAUGCAAGCGAGGAAUUGUGGCAAGCAUACACCAGACUGGAUCCAACCUCUCUGGAGACCUUGAUCACUGAGGAAUUGAUGACAUUCGAUAGACAGUGGGCCUGCUUUUUUNCCAACUUUGACAUCGAGGGUUCCUCCUCCAUACUGGAGAUUUCAGAGGCACAGGCUGGAGAGCCUUUCAGAAGUUACUUCAGCCACGGGUUAAUAACCAGCCACAUUUCGGACAAAAGCAUCAGUAGGCAACCUUUCAUUCUUUUUGGCUGUCACUCAACAAAGGAAAACCUGAACACAUACAGUUUCACUUUCCCGUCUGAAGGUCACCUGGUUAGAAAUGCGGGCAACCAAGGAGGCACUGCUAAGCACAUGGUGGUGCAAUGCGUAGCUCCCAGGGGGGCUUUAGCCUGUUCAAGGACAUACUUUUUUGGAACCUCUCAUGUGCCUUGCAUGGGCAAUGACAAUGAGCAACCUAGAAACAAAGAGCUCACGGUGUUGCCUCAGAUCUAUGUGGCUGCAGUGGAAGCCGUGCUAGCCAGCAUCCAAUGCUACACAGAAACCUCCAGCGUAAAGAGAGCCAAAGAAGUUGCUGAGGAUGUGUUUCUCGCGACGUUAGAUCGCUACAGUCUCACUCAGUUGAAAACUCUCCUAAGAUCAAAAUUAUCCUUCUUUAUACAAGCUGUGAACAGCCAAGGAAGAAUUGUGUCCUUGGAGAGCCAUACAAGCAAGUUCCUCAUAAAAACUGCAUCGAUGUCUGUGUAUGACAUUCCCGAUUUAACUGGAGGGAAAGGAACUUUGGGCUCCGUAGUGUUUUCUGAAUCUUUUGUAGAAUCCCAGCUGCUUCUGAAAGAAAACGAUGGCACUGUGUCUCCAGACAGCAGCUUCAUUAUCCUCACAGCCAUUGUGCCUCGCUAUGUCUCCUGGCUGGUUGAGGAUCUUGAAGUGAAACGUUCUGAAGAAGCACAACACACCAUAAAGGAUGACAACAAUUUCCUUGGCACUUUGCUUGCCGGAGGGGACACAGCCUUUGUUCAUUCUGGCAAUUCAGUGUCCAGACCAGAAGAAGGUAAAUUGUUCAUCUUGUCCGAAGGAGUUCUCUUUGUUCAUCCUCGUUACGGGAGCUUCACAGUUUCAAAGAAUCAUAUGACUGCACUCAAAUGUUAUGACGGGGAUUCACCAGGUGUUGUUGUCACACUUAUUAUUGAGUACAAAGAAUCGCUCCUUCCACAUCUGCCCAUUCAGUUACACUCUGCAACAAACUGCCUGAUCUUCACUCUCAUGCCAAGAUCCAAAAUCUACAAAUUGUUUUACUCCAAGGUGCUGACUCUGUGGCAACAGAUGGGAGAUUCUGGGAUUGCAUUAAAAAUGUGUCAGAUUAAUCAUCUGACGGAGGAGCAGCAAAGGCUACACUUUGACCUGCAGAAGCUCUUUGAGGUCAGGUCUAUACCAAUGGAUGAAGGUUCAAGCCUUCUGAAAGUCAUCUGUGCUAACCUCCCGGAACUUGACGUGUUUUUACAGCAUUUCACUGUGAGCAGCGUGAGCAAUGAGCCUGUGAGAAGAGCCGACCUGUUUACACUGCUCCAACGGCCAAAGUUCAGUCCAUCCCUCAGCGAAGGGCAGAACAAGAUGGUAAUCACAAUAAUCACUGGUCUACCUGGCAGCUACAAGGAAGAGCUUUGCAGCUUCAUGGUUAACGUGAACAAAGAGCUUGGAAGGUGGUCGGUAUAUCGGCAGGCACCAGAUAAAUGCAAGACCUUCAAUGCCAGCCAGAUUCAGCAUUACCUCUCCAGUGUCCUGGAAGCACAGCGAAACCGAACGGUUCGGCAGAGUGCGUACCUGCGGAAAAAGAACAGGAUAAUUAUCGUUACACCAGGAUACACGGAUGUCAUCGAUGUUGUGCAGGCCAUUCAGACCCACCCAGACCCUGAGGCUCAGACCACAUUCGUCAUAGGCGCCAUCACUGUCUGCGUGGACCCACUGUGUUCAUAUAUGCUCCAUAGGUUCCUUUUCCCCAAAUAUUUGGAUCAGUGCUCUCAAGGCUUAGUGAACAAUGUGGUUUUCACAAACUUGACAGCCGAGCCAAGGCACCCACUUCUGAUCCAACUGCAGAAGCUGAUUCGAACCGCUAACCCCAGCAUGGCUUUUAUUCUCGCAGAGAAGGGAGCAGUGACCAGAAAUGCUGAUGUGGAAAUGGUUCUGUCUGAAAGCAGCUUCUCAGAGCCCCCCAUGUUGAGAUCCCGCUACUUGAUGUUUCCUGGCUGGUAUGACGGCAAGUUCAGAUCGGGGCCAGUUUACCCACAGAUGAUGUCAGUCUGCCUCAGGUUCAACCGUCCACUCGAUAGAUCGAGAUUCACGACAAAAUGCAAAGGUCUGAGGUCCACACUGAAGUCCAUUCCUUUUCAUGGAAAUAUUUAUCAUAUUCAAGGACGAGUGAAGUUUCCAGACUCGGAAAAACUGUUUGAAAUUUGCCACAACACCAUGACCAACGCGAUGUGUUUGGUGCCUUUGCAAGACGGCCCCUCUCCCCCUCCCUUACAGAGCGAUGGCAAGAUCCACAUCAGCCAGCCUGAGUACUUUGUCACCUUCAUCGGUUGCUCUCUGAAGGAGGAGGUUUUGAUGGACUGGCUGCGACAGUGUACCAGACAGAAACCUCAGAAGAAAGCUAUGAAGAUGCGUUCAACCCUCACAAAACAGGAAAUCAAGAACAUCCAUAUCAAACGCCAUUUGGAGCUGACUCCACCCGGUUGGUUUUACAACGGGAUCCAGUUCGUUAACUUCUUUGGUGAGAAAAUGGACUAUCAUCCAUUGAUGGACAAGUUCAUAGAUGAUUACAUUGUGGAAACCAAUAAAGAGAUCGAGGGGUACAAUGCAGAACUCGAACGUCAGGCUUGCUCUGACCUCUUUGAGCCAUAGCUGAAGAUUCACCUAAGCUGUCCUCGGCCUGACUGUCCACAUCUGAAUUUGGGACAGCCAGUUACAGAUAAUGAGUGCGUAGUCUGGAGCGGACAUGGAACGGUAUUAUAACAUAAUACGUUCUUGCGUGGUAAGAUCGGUCUCAAUAAUUUAAGUCGGGAGUUGUGGGGGGAAAUUACAUUGUUUUAGUGACUGAGACUUACAAGAAGCCAGCAACAUUUCCUAUUAAGCUCCAAUACAUAGCAGCCCCCUCCUCCCCCAGUUAUAAUGCGCACUGUGUUUUGGGUCAACAAAAUUAGCUUCCGCGUUAUAACUGGUCUGAAAAAAUGGCCAUCAUCCUCGCUUCCAGGUCAUGAGAUCAGCUUUGAUGUCACCUCCGGUACUGGCUGGCUGGCUUCCGGGGCCACACCACUCUUGGAACUCUGAUUAAAGGGACUGGCUUUCGGUGCUCAUGCUCAGAAAGCUGGUCAGUCCAUGCCGGAAGCAGACAUUGGCAAACUCGCACUCCAGCGAGGCACUUUAUAACUGGGUCACCCUGCAGUUCCCAACUGUUGGUUUUGCUCACAACAGUAGUGAGCUGUCUGCAGUGGCAAAAUGGUUACGUGGAACAUGCCUUUUCUGUCUUUGGGGUCUGAACCCUUAACCAUCCCAGUUCAAAUUGACACAAAUAUGUGUCUAAAUGUACAAACAAACCUCGUCACUUUAUAAAUCUCUCAGGUCUUCAAAGUGGACCUGCGGCCAAUUGAAUCAGAUCAAAAAGUUAAAGUAAUUCUGAUUGCUGUUUUUAACCCAAUGCAUGUGACCUGACAGGAGCUGUAAACCAGCCAAGUGCUUCAUCUCAACUAUAGAGGCAAACCCACCACAACAAUGUGCAUUGAAAAUGGACUGCUGCUUUGUAAGGCCAACACAUUUCAGUGAAAGCUAUUAAUUCCAUCAAACUGACGCCAAUAUAAAUUAACUUUGCGCCCUUGCUGCAGCAAACUAUAGCAUUCUUUUACUGACCCCUGAGUUUACACGGUCGAUUGUUUUGUGGUUAGGUGCAAAAAUGUAGGUUUCCUCCUUUUUCACAGAAAAGCUUUAAUACCACCAGAUGAGAUGUUUAUAGCUGCUGAUUCUAAACUCAUAAUUGUUGGGAUUAGUAUAAUUAUUUCAGAUUUGUAACCUGUGGAGCCCUUGGCAUAAAAAUUAUUUACUAUGGAUUCAAUGUUAAGCUUGGGGAGAGAGUGUGGGAGGGAAUCAGCAUUCCAAAAGUGCGCAGUGUAGAUCAGUCCACUUGUCAUUUAUCAUGUUAUACACAUGAACUUUAGCAGUGAGUAUUUCAUGUCCGAUGUUAACUGAUAACCAAAGGUGGAAUCCCGUCUUAUUCUGGCUAUGAAACCUUUAGUUCAGAUAGUAAACAUGUCUUCUCAAUGUCCAGACAUUUUAAAUACAUAUAUAUACAUACACACGUAUAAACGUUUUAAAAUACUUUAGAAGUAUUUCUCCACCUUAUUUUCUCCCCUUACACUCACUCUCUCUCUCUUCCACCUAUUUCUCUCUUGUGUCGUUCUCUUAUUCUGAUUCCUCAUGUUUUUGCUCAUUUCGUUUCAAGUUUUUUUUUCACCCUCAAUCUCUUUUUCUCUCUUCCCCCCCCACCACCGUGUUUUCUUCCCCACCAUCAUCGUGGUAACUUUUCUCGCUUCCCUAACUUUUUUAUACUCACGGUCAAUUGUUGGCCAGCUUGUGUCCAGUUGAAGCUUUUACUUGGGACUGGCUCAGGCUCGUCAAAACUUGCAAGCCCUGCGUAGGCAGAUCUUUCCCACCGCUUUCCCUCGUGCACACAACAUAGGAGCCAGAGAGGAAGUGGAGAACACGUGCGAUUGUGCACAACACAGUAUUCUAGAUUCCAUGCACUCGAGCAUGAGAAACGGCCCAGAGUUAAUGCAAUCACUCACACAUAUACAUAACACACACAAACCCAGACUUAACAGAAAAAAAAGAUGCAUCUUUACUGACUUAGCUGAAAGGUGAGUGAAGAGGGUGUGGGCUCAUUUGGCUAGUUUCUAGUUCUCUAUUUCAGACUGAGGUGCAGGUGUUUAAAUCACCUUCGUGGUCAUCAAGAAAAUGGCUAGGGUGUUACAGGCUGGAUGGGGAGGGAAAUAUCCCUCAACAAAAUACUAAUUUGGUCAAUCAAUUCACAACUGUUUGUGGGACA